AUGGGGCGUGAGAUCGAUAGACGAAUCGGUGCGGCGUCGGCAGUGAUGCGGUCGCUGUAUCGGAUUGUUGUGGUGAAGAGGGAGCUGAGUGAGGGGGCAAAACCCUCACCCAUGGGGGCCAAAAUUCAUGACGUCCGAAGUCUCGCUACGGUGAUACCAGGUGUUUUAGCACAAGAAAACCUUCCUGAGGACCGCUUUGCUCGUGGUUCCUCCUACAUUGCUGCUUCCUACAUCAAAUUCCUGGAGAGUGCUGGAGCCAGGGUUGUUCCCAUCAGAAUCAAUCGCACAGAAGAAGAAUAUAUAAAGAUAUUCAACUCCAUAAACGGUGUUGGUGGAGUCGGCUCUAAGACACUGACUUCCAAUUCUAAGCUUUGGUUGUGUUUUGCUGUGUCUCCUGCAGCGGCCCAAUCCAGUCGCUUAUUCAGGAACUUCCCAAAAGAUGUGCUGCAGUCUCUGGCCAAUGAAAACAUCACCUCCAACUUCCACAGCUGGAGUCUCUCCAUGCAGAACUACAGCCGGAAUGGCAAACUGAAGAGGUUCUACAAAGUUCUGUCCACCAACAGCGACGGAGAGAAAGAGUUCAUCUCCACCAUGGAAGCGUAUCGGUAUCCAUUCUACGCAGUGCAGUGGCAUCCAGAGAAGAGUCCUUUUGAGUGGAUCGAUAAACCAGGCAUGGUUCACACCGCCGCUGCUGUGAGAGUCAGCUUCUACGCUGGAAGCUUCUUCGUCUCAGAAGCCAUGAAGAGCCAGCACCGGUUCUCCAAUCCUGCUGAAGAGGACAGAGCUCUUAUCUAUAACUUCUCUCCUGUCUACAGAGGCUCUAACGCCAUCUUUGUUCAGAGCUAUUACUUCGAUUGAUGAAUGUCGAUGAGGCAUAAAAGGAUCUGGAUCAGAUUGGUCAAAGUUCCUAAAAAUCACUUUAAUUAGCUCAACACACACAUCAUUAGAAGAAAGAUUACCAAAGUAUUUUAGAGGAAAUACUCAUAAAAAAAUCCUAAUGACAAAGCAGUAUAGAACGUAUGCGGGGACGCCAUCAUCUGACUCAGUGCUAAUGCUAGCAUUAAGCUGAUCAGUCAUUUGAGGUAAAUAUGACAUCAGAACUUAUUAGACCAAUGUAUUUCCAUUUCCUCUUUACUGCCUUUACUCUUUUUUUAAGAAGUCGAAAACCAUCUCAAGCAAGUAUAAAAAAAUUCAUUUAGUCGAUUUGAGACUUCUGGAACUCCUAUCUUUGAACAAACCAAGCUAGCCCUUUUCAAUCUAUGGCCGUUUCUCAGUAUGUCUACUUCUGUGUUCUCAUGUGCUCGUAAAACAUCAUUAACCUCAGCCCUAUCACUUUUCCAAUUCACAAGAGCAAAAGUCAGAGAACGGACAAGUACCCGGAUGUUGUUUACGCCCCUUCUAUGUCCAGUAUCAAUCAAAGCAGAUUUGUCCAUUCUUGAGUUUGAUAGCUGUCCCAGCAUGCACUUCGGCAGCAGCAGCUUCCAAUGAAGCG